CCCACCACGUUUAAUGUGCAUACAGAUUAUAUGGGGUGUAAAUGUGCAGGUUUUGAUGAACUAGGCUAGGAAAGGGACAUAAAUUUUGCAUUCUUAUGGAGCAGCUGGAUACUGAAUAUUGGCAACAGCAGCUGGUUCAGAGACCACAGCGUUAGGCAACGUAGUUUAAAUGAGGGAAGAAACUAAGCUAGUGCUUUCUCUUUUUACUUCCACUGACCUUCUCUUGUAUCCCCAAAGCAAUUCUCAAAAUGCUUCCACAAGGUCGCAAAUAGGUGACUGUGGACAAGAUCGUACUGAUGUGCUGGUUUUGUUUCUCGCCUUUCUUACACACCCUUCCCGCCUUCCGCCCUGCACAGCUCCCAGACUCCACCGGGUCGACUCAUUUCGCCACCUUUCUAGCCUGCUCUCCAGCUGUUCUUGUGUCUUCUGCGGCGACCCCCUCCCGUGGCUUGCCUGGGCGCAGGGACUUUCCCUCUCAGCCAAGCUCCUGGCCUACUGCCUGGCUCUCUCCAGAGCCCCACCGCCUCCUGUUCCUACUUGUGGCCUCAAUGGCACUGCCAGGACGACGUCCGAGGGGUCGUCUACUGAAGCUGGCAAGUCCGAAUUCGGAGCCCAGAGGAGAGGACGCCUGUACUGAAAAGAGUUCACCCGAGUCCGAAGCAAGAGGAAGCCCUCUGACGCCUCCGAAGAUCUUUUCCAACUGUAGUUGCAGCUUCCCCUCGAGCCUCCCCAAGCAUCCCCGCACUUUGUAACCGCUCGCAGCCGCGUUCAUGCCCCCACUCCUCUUCCCAGGAAGAGGGAGGAAAUGACGUGAUGUUAUUUUUGUGUCAGGUCACUUUGCUGCUUGAGUUUAGCCCUCCGAGCUCAGGCGCACUGCCCCAGGGGUUCACUUCAAGGGUUACUUCGCUAGCUGCGGCGACCCGGGCGAGGGGCAUCCUCAGAGGUAGGCGCCAGGUUCUGCAAAUGCCCGGGGCUUCCCCUCCCACCGCCUGAGUCGCAAAAGAAAGGGAGACUGCCGAGGGACUGAGAGAGACCGGAGUCCCGGCUUAGGCUUUCUUACAUACACUCCACCCUGCCAUCCCAAUCGCCAGGUGGGGCCAUCCGACUCUGGCUGGCUGGCCGGAACUGAGUAGGACCACUGUUUAGAGUGGGAGAACAGAUCUCUUAGAAAGGCUAUACAAAGAGAGUUGGGGGCGGAUGUUAGUGGCGCUGAGGUCAAAGGGUUCAGUGGGGAUUGUCCAGCAGGGGCGGGCAGUUCACAGGCGCGAGACCCGGGGUACAAAGCACCAGCUCCUCUCGCGACCUUUCCCCGUACCCCCAAGCAUCUCUUCAUUCACAAGGCCCCAGUACUCAUUCACAAACUCUGGAUCGCCCCCACCCCACGGCGUCCCCCGCAAGCUAAGGCCAGGGGAUAAAGAGAAAGGGCCUUACAGGCACCCUCAAAGCUCGCUCCCGCCGCACCCAUUAUUUCGUUGCGAUUAUAAGAGAGGAGCCAGGACCGGGGCUCCGCUCGCCCGAUUUGGGACUAGGGAGUACCCCCAGCCUCCGAGUGCUGCGUGCUGCCGCCAGAAGGAGGCGAGCCAGGGGAUUGCCCUGCCCCAGGAAAGCGAGCGAGCGCCGGGGCGGAGAGGAGUCAGAGAAGGGAAAGGAGGAGGAAGAGAGAAGAGCUCCGGAGCUUAGACCCAGAAACGCAGGAAAGGGCGGGUGGCAGAGAGCCAGCGCGGGCGGAGUAGGAACCGCUCUGACUAGUGUAAGAAAACUAAGGCACACUCUGGACGCAUGCGCACGGCCAACGGAGGCCCGAGGGCCAGAGCUUCCCCUUCGGCUAGCCCAGCGGACCCUGGCCUGUUCCUGCUUCCAGGGUCCUGGCCACAUUCCUGAACUGACUUCCUUCUUGAUGUACUCUAAUCAGUAAAAUGAAAUGAGCCCUCUUCUCCCCAGCCUGAGGGAUCUGAGCGGACGGAAAUGCGGAUGCGGCAGAUGUGCGGCGGAAGUGAGACCCAGGGCCCUGCCCCAAGCCAGCAGGGUGGCCGGGGCUCCAACGCCUGCUGCUUCUGUUGGUGCUGCUGCUGCACCUGUUCUUGCCUCACUGUCAGAAACCAAGAAGACCAGAGACCCCAAAGAGCCUCCCAUGAAAUCAGAACAGACAUUCCAGCAUGUGAAGAAAGCCCCACGCCUACUCUGGAAGAAGUCUGUGCCUGGGCCCAGUCUUUUGAUAACCUGAUGGUCACUCCAGCCGGAAGAAAUGCAUUCCGGGAAUUUCUUCGAACAGAAUUCAGUGAAGAAAACAUGCUCUUCUGGAUGGCCUGUGAAGAACUGAAAAGGGAAGCUAAUAAAAGCACUAUUGAGGAGAAAGCAAGGAUAAUCUAUGAGGACUAUAUUUCUAUUCUCUCUCCUAAAGAGGUCAGCUUGGACUCCCGAGUACGAGAGGUUAUCAACAGAAACAUGGUGGAUCCAUCCCAGCACAUAUUCGAUGACGCUCAACUGCAGAUCUACACUCUAAUGCACAGAGACUCCUAUCCCCGCUUCAUGAACUCCACAGUCUAUAAGGAUUUGCUUACGUCCUUAGCUGAGAAAACAGUUGAAGCAUAGGUGGUUUCAAAUAUAUUUAUUAUUAACAAAACAAGAAAAUAACUCAUGGACUACAGCUAGCACAGGGAAUUUAGCGAUAGGGUGUCUUGUGCUACAGUGAUUCUUGGACUGUUGUAAUAACAGAUUCCUCCUCCACAGAAAGCUAUAGAUUCACAAUGGAAACUACAACUGCCUUUAGUGAUACUUAUCAGAAAAAAAGGGGUGGGGGGUAUGAGAAAAAAGGGGUGGGGGUAAGGCUGCCUUAGAAAGAUAGUGUGCUCACAUUCACAUAACAGUAGCAUGUUCUCAAGGGCAGAGCAUGUACUAGUCUCUGUUCUGCCUGCAGCACAGAUGUACAAAGAGCAAAUGGGAACACUUUCUUUUGCAUGAGUUCAAUACUGUAUUACCCUCCAAAGAAACGGCAUUCAAAUCUUCCUCAACUAAGCCUUCCUUCAUUCUGAAUACUUCACUUGGUACCAUGCUAGGACUGAGAGUCAUAUUUCACAAAGAUGUGACUAUUCCUUGUAAAAAAUGGAAAAUCUCUCUCUCUCUCUCUCUCUCUCUCUCUCUCCCUCUCUCUCUCUCUCUCUCUCUCCCUCUCUCUCUCUCUCUCCCCCUCUCUCUCUCCCUCUUUCCCUCCCUCCCUCUGUGCAUGCAUGCAUCCAAGUGUGUGUGUGUGUGUGUGUGUGUGUGUGUGUGUGUGUGUGUGUGUGUGUGUACAUACGUACGUGUAUCUGUUAUGGUUGGUGGAACAAACCAUGCUCUUGGUGGGUCACUCUCAGACAUUUAGUAAGGAAAACAACACUUAAGUGAAAGGGUGACUGUAUUAUCAGAAUCUAUCAAGCUGAAGAGUGAAUUUUGAAGUCCAAAGCUUGUCAUGUUCACAAUUUCUCAAAUAAACAUAUUUUAAUUUUUAAUGAAAGAUAUGUGGAUAUUUUCAUCCUGAAAACAACAAGAGUUUUCUCUCAAUCUUGUAUUAUUUUAUCUGGCAUUUCUGAGGAACACAGAUCAUGUAGGGAUGCAUGCAAUCCAUUUUUCACCAUCCAGAUGAGUGUUCUGUCUUUAGAUUCCAAGAUAUUAUGUUAAUCACAGCAAAUAGGAUGACUUCAUAGUUUACAGGUAAAAGUAGUUAUAGACCUAAGCCACACUGAACAAUCCCAUGUCUACAACAAAUGGGAAAUAUAACACACUGGACAGAUUUCAGGUUAGACACUUAAUUUACAGAGAACACACCAGCUCCAACCUUGUAGAGAAGUCUUGGCCUCCCUUUUGCCUGGUCCUGCAUCAGCCUCAUUGGCUUUGUUACUCAGCUCAACCCCAAAUAAGACUCCUUUCCCUCAUUCUCAACAAACCAUCUCACCUCUAACUUUUCAUGAAGCUUGUCCCUCACCCCUUACUCUGUGUAUGAACCCAUGAAUACACACAUCCCAGCAUCCCUCCUCACCUCCUUCAACUCAUCUCAGAGAAUAAUGAGCUUUGUACUUUUCAUGGUGCCAGUCUCUUGCAUAUGGUUCUGAUCCCAUUUUAUUCAACCAUUAUUUUCACUGAACAGAGGCCAUAACUGCGAUUCUCCAAUGGGUUACGUGCCAAUGGUACCUACAAUGUAUUGUUAUAAGACCUAGAAUGGAGCAAACCCAGCGCAAAGAAUUUUAAGGGUUAUAUAAAGAUUUCAGCAGAAGUUCCACCAGAGUUUAACUCUAUAGAACAAGACUGUAUAUGUCCUGCCAAUAGUUACUAUAGGUGAAGAGGCUAUUUGAGUGACUCCAAAUGAUACAGUUAAGGACAUGUAAAGUAUAAGGUAAUUGUAAGACAUAUAUAAGGAUACUCAUUUGUGUAGAGGGACCUGCAUGGCCAAGAGUCUAGGCUUGGAGCUAAGUGUAGUUGCACAUACCUGCAUUUCUGGCACACAGGAAGCUGGAGCAGGAUUUUGAAUUUGAAGCUGAGAUGAACUAUUCAGAAAGAAUCUGCAUUAACAAUUACAGCAUAGAUUCUAAUAUGGAGGACUGGUUUUCAGCACAGACAGUUUAGAAUCCUUGGGGAGGUAAAGCAUGAAGACUGCUGACAAGCCCUUGUGUGCAUGGGCAGAGAGCUGAGUCUCAAAGAAGGCUUAGAAGGAUUUGCCUUGUAAGAGGGAAGAAAGAACAUGCAGAUAUGGCAUAAGAACAGAUGUUUCAAGGAGAGGGAAAGUAGCAUUUCCUAGGGAUAAGGCAACGUCUACUUAUCUAAGCUUGGUCUGCUCUCCCACACUGUAAGCUUGCUCUAUUUCAUGCAUAAGAACAAGCCUAUAUCUGUUAGCACAGUUAGCACUCUUUCAGUAGGCUUUCACAGCAUCCCCCUACUGCCUCCACCCCAUCUCCCUAUUCAUACUCAAACAGAAAGGUGCUCUGACUGUUCUAGUAGGGCAUCUGUGGCCCUAGAGCACAUCAUUUCCAACCUUAUCCUCCUAUCAUGGGUGAUUUCUUCCUGGAAACCCUACUCCCAUCUCUUCUAUGGGUCCUCCUAGCUCUGUGUACUCCCUGAAUUCUUCUCCAUUCCUCUUUCAAUAGUAGAACAAGUAGACAAAGCACAGGGGUUCCCCAGCCAGAGUUACCCCAACUCCAUAAGCAUGCCAGUAGAUGAGAAUAGUAAGUAACAUUCUUUGGGCAUGUCUUCUUGGUAGCACUGUGGGGUAAUAAUAGCACUGUGUGAGGAUUUAGAACACACUCAUGUAGAUUACAGAAAAUACUUACAACAUGAUAAUCACUGCUAUCACCUGUCUAUUGAGAGUACUUGCUCCUGAAAUUUGGAUUUGGCUUACUUUUCCCUAGUGUCCCUCCUAUAUACUUAAAAUGUACUGAAUAUCUACCAGUCAGGGUCUGGUCUGAAAUCCCUCCUGAAUUUUAGUCAACUUCUGUCUGGACAUCUGGUAUAUCUCACAAAUGAGGGAUACUCAGCUUGUCUUAAUCUUGACCUUCACCCUCUAAGCUUACCUCACAUAAUCCAGUCAGUUUUUUAAGUGUUCAGCUGGUGCUCACUUGGAUUUUCUCUUCUUGUGUAUUCUUCCCAAGGCUGGUCAUUUCUCACUUCUCUUUUUUUCUCUUUCCUUCUCUGACCCGGCACAUCUCACUUUAUGACUGUUAAGAAGAGCCCCCACACAGCCAGUGGUGGCCCACACCUUUAAUCCCAGGAUACAGGAGUCAGAGGCAUCUCUGUGAGUUUGAGGCUAUGUUACAACUCAGAUGGAAAGCUAGGAGUUGAAAGCCAAUGAAUACUGAAGAGGUCCAUUAGAGCAGUUAGUGUUCUACGGGUGAAAUGUGGAAGUUGGAAGUCUUCAGGGGGGAGUUUAAGUAUUGCAUAUCUGAAGGCAGUCAGGAGCCAAGGAUUACCACAAAGUCACACCACACAACAAACCUCACAUAAGAGAUUUAUUGGGAGGGAGAAACUUAGGAGGGCAGCUGCCUCUGAUUGGGUGAGAAGACAGCAGGGAACUGAGCAGUAGGCAGAACUUAUAUAGGAUUUCUAGGAGGUGGAACUUUCCAGGGCAGAGCUUUCCAGGAUAAGGAUUGGUGGGGUUUCAAGUCCUGAGCUUGGGGGAGCUCAGGGAUUGGUGGAUUGUCCUCUUCAAAGAUUGGUGGGAUUUUUUUUUUCUUUUAAGGUGGGACCUGGCCACUCUACUGCCUCAGGGCUGGAAAUGACAGUUACAGCUUUUAGAAAAGGACUCUUGGUGCUUUGAGGGAUGUCUUGGGGGCAGGUUCGGGUUGCUGGAGUUCCAAGGCAGGGCCUGGCCACUUUCCUGCCUUGAGGGUUUACAAGGUUUAUAAAGGGAGUCCAUGUCAGGGAAAGUUUUCCUUGCCAUUUGGCAUGAAUAGAUAGUAGAAGGGCCUGGCCACUCAUGUGCCUAAAGGGACUUACAUUUAUGAAUAUAUGUUCCAAGAAUCCGGUAGCUACUUAGUCCAUGAGCCUGGGUGUCUCAGCUGGUCUUGAGUAUAUGAUGGAAUCCCAAAGGAGUAGGUUAUAAAGGCAGAGAAGAAUAGACUUGUUUGCAAGAUGAGAGCAAGAAGACAAAGAGCAAAAGUUUCUUUCAUCCUGUGUCCUUUAUAUAGGCUUCCAGCAGAAGGCAUGACCCAGAUUAGAUCUGCAUUAAAUAUCUGGAUUCAAGGUGUGUCUUCCAACCUCAAAAUCCGGAUUUGAAGUAGAUCUUCUCAUCUCAAGUUGCACAAAAAUUGCUCAAAGGUGUGACCUCUAGUUUUUUUAGUUUUAGUUCAUUUCAGAUAUACAGUCAAGUGGACAACCAAGAAGAGCCAUCACAGGGAGAUGGGUCUGUAACAGAUGGGCUUGAUAAAAUGGAAUUACUGAUGAAGAUGCAUCCUCAUGUUAUACCAUGCACAAACCCCAAC